AUGGACGGAAAGUACUUCGAGAAGUGGUUCACUGACAAGCUUUUGCCAAACAUUCCGGCCAAUAGCAUUGUAGCCAUGGACAAUGCUCCAUACCACAGCGUAGCUCUUGAAAAAGCACCUACCAAGUCUACGCGCAAAGCUGAUAUUCAGCUUUGGCUCACAAAGAAAGGCGUUCCAUGGUCACAGGACAUGGUGAGAGCUGAGCUGCUGGAACUUUCGCGAAAGGUCAACACACCCACCAUUGUGCACCGCAUCGACACUCUGGCGGCUACCCAUGGCCACGAAGUGCUUCGUGUACCACCAUACCACUGCGAGUUCAAUCCAAUUGAACUUGUUUGGAGCCAAGUGAAGGGGUACAUCGCAAAACGUAACACGUGUUUCACUUUGGCUGAAGUUGAAAAGCUCCUGCCGGAAGCAUUGGCAUCUGUAAGCCAGGAAAACUGGCAAAACUGCUGUGCUCAUGUAGAGCAAGUUGAGGCCGAAGUGUGGGAACGUGACAUGAUUGUCGACAGUGAAAUUGACCCACUUGUCUUCAGCAUUUGUGAUUCGUGCUACUCCUCCUCCGAUGAGUCGAGUGCUCAUUUCAGUGAUGAAGACUUAAGUGGCAUCGAGGAACUUGUUUGA